AUGGUUACUGCCGCUCUUUUCAAGCUGGCGGCCCUUGCUGGCCUUGCCCAAGCAGCCACCGUCAGCGUGUCUGGCACUGCUGAGGGUUUUGCUUCCUCCGUUACUGGUGGUGGAUCUGCCACUGCCGUCUACCCCGACACCACUGACGAGCUGAUCUCGUACUUGGGAGACGACGAGGCCCGAGUCAUUGUCCUGACCAAGACCUUCGACUUUACCGGCACCGAGGGUACCACGACUUCCACUGGUUGCGCUCCCUGGGGUACUGCCUCUGGCUGCCAGACCGCCAUCAACCAGGACGAUUGGUGCACCAACUACCAGCCCGACGCCCCCUCGGUCUCCGUGACUUAUGACAAUGCCGGUAUUGAGGGUAUUACCGUCGGUUCCGACAAGACCCUCAUCGGUGAGGGUACUUCGGGUGUCAUUGAGGGCAAGGGUCUGAGAAUUGCCAACGGUGCCAGCAACGUCAUCAUCCAGAACAUCAAGAUCACCAACUUGAACCCUCAAUACGUCUGGGGAGGUGAUGCUAUCACUCUGAAUGACUGUGACCUUGUCUGGAUUGACCACGUUACCACUUCUCAAAUCGGCCGUGAGCACAUUGUCCUCGGUACCGAGGCGAGUGGCCGCGUUUCCAUCACCAACUGCGAGAUUGACGGCAACGUCGACUACUCUGCCACUUGCGACGGCUACCACUACUGGGCUCUGUACUUUGACGGAUCCGCCGACUACGUCACCUUCAAGAACAACUACAUCCACCACGUCUCGGGCCGCGCCCCCAAGGUCGCCGGCAGCACCCUCCUGCACGCCGUCAACAACCUCUUCUCCGACUUUGACUCGGCCGGCCACGGCUUCGAGAUCGCCUCGGGCGCCUACGUCCUGGCCGAGGGCAACGUCUUCUCCGACGUCGACGUCCCCGAGGAGAGCGGCGACGAUGGUGCCCUGUACUCUGCCGAUUCGUCCAGCCUGGCCUCGUCUUGCUCGUCCUCCAUUGGCCGCGCCUGUAUCGCCAACAGCUACAGCAACUCUGGCUCCCUCAGCGGCAGCGACUCCAGCGUCCUGUCCAAGUUCAGCAGCUACACCCUGGCCGAUGCCGAUGACACUAGCAGCGUCUCCAGCCUGUCCUCCUCGGCUGGUUACGGUACCCUGUAA